AAAAUGCGCUCCCUCGUACGUACACGGUGGAAAAGAAAAAGAGUGGGCGAAGUGGGGUGAAACGAUCCGUAGUGGAAGACGAAGAAGCGUCUGGUCGAACGAGUAGAAUCGUACGAACCUUCAUCGUGGCCGCAAUAGCGGAUCUUUCACACUGGUGCCCACAUUUAACAUUUCACGACAGAUAGUAUCAGUCGUAACGUGCAACGACGAAGCAACGUUUUACCGAGCGACAAGUUCAACAAGGUAGCACCGACGAACGAAUUAUCAUCAACCGAAUUAUCAACCGAAAUAAAGAAGAGAACGAAGUGAAAAGGCAAAAAUGGUUUACGAGAGCGACUUCUACACAACUCGACGACCCUACUCACGGCCUUUAGUCUCGUCUUACUCCAUCACGACGCCCCGGCAUUACGUGGUCCGUGACUAUCCGGAAGUCGGGGUGAGGUCUGCUCAAGAGCAAUACAGCUAUGCCUACACCAACACCAGCUCGUCGUCUACUUCCUCCUCCUCCACGGAUCCGUACAGCCGCCGCCCGCACAAGUCCAGCUACAGCGAGGAGAGCGUGUACAAGAGGGAGAGCGGCCCAUACGGAUCGUACUCGACCGAGAGAUCGACCAGGACAUCGAGUGGGGGCGCUCCUGGAAGCUAUCACUCCUCCUACGAGUCCCACACUUCCGGCCGUUUGCCAGGUGGCACCACUUACCGCCAUUUCUCCUACCGUGUCUAAAUCCCCUCCGCCAUCUUGAAUCGAGCAGCCUCCAUCUUCCGACCGUGGGGCGAACGACGGAACAACGACGGACCCGACGUCUUCUUCCUCUCUUUCUCUCGCUCGAUCGAAAAUGUGGAUCGGAUAGGGACAACGAGCUUUCUCUCUUUGUAUCUUCUGCCCCCGUAUCUUUUCCUAUAUGUAAACGGUAUACAGUUGUCAGUGGCCAGUGAUUCCUAACCUUUCGAGUCGUGACGCGAGUUUCUUUUCACUCGGUAUUUAUUAUGGUUCGUGUUUAUUCUGGAAGUUUGGAAAGGAGAGUUGUUUGAAAUUAUUUAUAUUAUCGAAUACGUUGCGACUCGAGAAAGGUUGGAAUAUUGCUAUUCGUGUGAUUAAAUUUGUAAUUGCGGGAUGAAAAUUAAUCAUGUCAUGUAGCUGCAUUUCGAUACGUUGAAAUUGAUCGUGUUUAAUUAUUGGCUGUUGUUAAAUUAUAAUAUAUAUAUAAAUGUAUUGGAUAUUGAAAAAUAUGUAAAUUUGAUAUUACAAAUAACAAAUUUGGAAUUUACGCUCAACUUGUUUCAGCAAUUUUAUUAUUUUUAUCGAUUGUACGUGUGGGAGUGUUUCUUCUUCUUUUUUUUUUCUUCUUUUUCUUCUUCUUCUUCUUCUUUUCGCUUUCGAACCAAUGAUUUUAUUUAUAUUAUCCGUGUGCCAGCAUAUAUUUCGUUUCCUUCAGCGUGUGUGCGCGCGUGUGUGUGUAACGACAGUGUGUGAAUUAAUAAAAGAGAACGCAUUACAAGUAUCUUUAUAUCAAUUAAUCGGGCAUGAAAAACGUAUAUCGGACAUAUUGAUUCGAAGAAAAAAGAAAAAAGAAAAAGAAAGAAAGAAAAUGCGUGCGUUCACUUUUCUACUGUGUACCAAACUGUUAAAUCGUGACUAACAUCACUGAAACCAAUCUCGAUAGACACACAACGCGACAAUCGGCCAAAAUAAAUUCCUUUUGUUCCGCGGAUCGUUGAAAAUUUAUUCGUCGUCGCCUUUUUUUUUCCCCUUUUUUUUUUUCUUUUUCUCUUCUUUUUUUCUCUCAAGGUACACUUUUCCUUGCUUUUCUCUUCCUCUCCGAAUCUCGAUUAAUCGGAAAAACGCGCCACGAACGAUCAGUCUCUCGACCGACGGUCGCCAAUUUCCAACAACGACACGCGCGUGUGUAAACGAAGGAAAUAAAUAAUGAAUGAAUAAAGUGAUGCGUAAAAGAAAAAUAAAAAAAAAAAAUAAAAAAGAUAAAUAAAUAAAAAAAUAAAAUAAAAAAAGAGUGCAGAAAAGGAUACUGUAUUGCGAACAUUACUAA